AUGGAUGUAUCAACAGAGAAAGUCAAAUAAGGAACCAAUCAAGAAAGCAUGAGAUUGUUGUCCUUGAUCAAGAAAGAUCUUUGUCAAAAACUCAAAAAACAUCACUUCUCCCCUCCUUCAUCACCAUCCAUAUUGGAAGCUGUUAGAUCCAAACCGUUGGUCAAAAUAGAAAGGUAAAAAAGAUCGCCAGUAGUUCAACAGAUAAACGACCUAGAUUUUGGUUACAUGGAAGAAUUGGAAAGGAAAAAAAUGUUUAUGAUGAUCAGACUCGGCCAUCUCAAGGAUCCUGCCCGAUUACUUCCAGUCCAUAAUUAUAAUAAAAUCUCAGUUCUUCCCCCAAAAAAGCGGAGGAAAAACAACAAUACUCCUUCCCCAAACGUAUCUCCUUUAAAAGCCAUUUUGCAUAAUCCCAAUGAUAUUUCAUUACCUGCUUUAAGUACAAGAGUGCAUGAAGAUCCGUACUAAAUGUGUCGAAUACAUAACACACACAAGCAGAAAUUGGACUAGAAACAAAGGAGAUUGAAUGUUAUCAAUAAACGAAUACUAAAUAAAUUCUCAAUAGAAUGA